UUGAAAUUGUUCUUUUGUACUUGGCUACUUGCAUUAUUUAUUUUUGUUGUUGAUCUGUGAUUCCCUGGUUGCUUGCUGGUUAGUUUUGUGUGCGUACUUUGUUUGGUGACUUGGUUUUUAUUGCAUGCUACCUUGUUUCUUUUAUAGAUGAUGCUUGUACAUGUAGAAGUUUAAUCUUCAUAGAAUCCUAAUUGUAUGCCACUCUAUCUGACUGUUUUGGCAGACAUGGCACGCCCACCAAAAAAAUGGGAAACCAUAAUCUUAUGGCACACAAUGAGGCAACGGAGAGUGAAAAUACUCAUAAUAUUAUAUCUAUUGUUGCAAGUUUUCUUAAUGUUAAUUAGGAGGAGACGAUAUAGGAUGCGUCGUGUUAGGCAGCCUUCUUGGUAUGAUCCAAUCACUCGAGCACAGGCACUGAACAACAAAAUACGAGUAAGCGAUACUGAAUGCAUUUACCAGUUGAGGAUGGAUAGGCAUUGUUUCCAAGUGUUAUGCUCUUUGGUAAGAGAAAUAGGUGGGGUAAAGGAUAGUAGAAACAUGAGCGUCGAUGAAAUGGUUGCUAUGCUCCUUCACAUACUUGCACAUGAUGAGAAAAAUCGAGCAAUCCAUCAUGAUUUCCAACGGUCACCUGAAUCAGUUAGUCGAAAUUUUCAUAAAAUUCUAGACGCGGUUUUAAAACUCUGGAGAGUUCUACUUAAGAAGCCUCGACCAAUUCCUGCCAAUUGCACAGAUGGAAGGUGGACGUGGUUUAAGAACUGUUUAGGUGCCUUAGAUGGGACAUAUAUAGAAGUUCACGUGCCCAAAGUUGACAAACCAAGAUUUCGCUCAAGGAAAAAGGAAGUUGCAACGAAUGUCCUUGGCGUUUGUGCGCCAGACAUGCAGUUUAUUUAUGUAUUGUCGGGUUGGGAAGGAUCUGCACAUGAUGGGAGGGUGCUCCGAGAUGCUUUAUCGAGACCAAAUGGCCUUAGGAUUCCUCGUGGAUGUUAUUACCUAGUCGACGCUGGGUACAAGAACUGUGAGGGAUUUCUUGCUCCAUACAGAAGCCAACGAUACCAUCUAAAUGAUUGGACAAAUCCCCCAAAUACAAAAGAGGAACUGUUUAACAUGAAGCAUUCAGCAGCCAGAAAUACGAUUGAGAGGACAUUUGGCUUGUUGAAGAUGCGUUGGGGUAUCAUUAGGAAUCCCUCUUAUUAUCCUUUUGAUACACAAGUUGAUAUAAUAUUAGCCUGCUGCUCCAUUCACAAUCUCAUACGAUAGCAAAUGCGUAUUGAUCCUUGUGAGGAAUAUCUAGAUGAGUACAUGCGAAGUCUUCAGCAACAACAUGUAAAUGAGGAUGUCAUUCAGUCCACUGCAGCAUCUCCAGAAUGGGCUGAGAAAAGAGACAAGUUAGCCGAGGACAUGUGGAAAUCUUGGAAAGAGAAAAGACGAGACAAUUGAUGCAUGGUAGCAGAUAUUAGGUGUAUUACAUUAAAUGUUUGUGUGCCUAGCUAUGUGUGUCAAAACAUCCUGUCAUGCUAUUUGUUUUCUCCUAUAUGUCA